AUGAACAAGUUCCUGGUGCGAGGCCUCGGCUUCUUCAACGAUGCCUACGAUCUCUUCGUGAUGAACGUGAUCAACAUUGUGCUCACGGAGCAGUACGGCAAGCACGUGUACACGUCCACCAUGAAGUCGUGGGUGUCCGCCGCGGCCCUCAUCGGUGCCGUUGUGGGCCAGCUGGCGUUCGGCUACCUUGGUGAUGUAUUCGGUCGUCGUGUCAACAUGAUUGCCACGUGCGCCCUGCUCAUCUUCGGUGGAAUCCUCUGUACGGCCGCCUACGGUGGCACUGCCGAGGCUACUCUGUGGUUCCUCGUUGUAGCCCGCUUCAUCCUCGGUAUCGGUAUCGGCGGCGAGUACCCGCUUGCUGCUUCGUCGACGGCUGAGGAUGCUACGUCCGUGGCCGACCGCAACCAGCGUGUGGCUCUUACGUUCUCUCUGCAGGGAGUGGGUUCGCUGACUGCUGCCAUUCUGGGCAACCUGAUCAUCCAGGCUCUAGCUAGCGCCGACAAGGACGAGAACUCUAAAUCUCGUCUUGAGACUGUGUGGCGUCUGCUGUUUGCUAUUGGUGUCAUGCCCGCCAUCGUUGUGUGCUACUGGCGUAUCACCGCUGAGGAGACCGACGCCUACAAGGCCGCUGAGGAGCGUCGCCAGGCUGCGGCUAAUGCUAACCCGACAGCCUCGCGUGCUCGUCUUUCGUUCAUCAUUCGCAACUACGGCGUCAGCCUUCUGGGUACGGCUGGCACGUGGUUCCUGUUCGACAUUGUUUUCUACGCCCAGAACUUGUUCUCUGCCAGUAUCCUGUCUGUUGUCGGUGUCGAGAAUGCCUCGCUGCAGGAGGUGACGACCCAGAACGCCUUCGUUGCUAUGAUGGCUCUGCCCGGUUACUACGUCGCUGUAUACUUCAUCAACCGCUUGGGUCGCAAGGUCAUCCAGCUGCAGGGUUUCGUGGUCAUGACGAUCCUGUUCCUGGUGCUGGCCAUCUUCUGGGAUGACAUUCAGGAGGAGGCCGUACUCUUCAUCAUCCUCUACGGUCUUGCUCUCUUCUUCUCCAACUUCGGUCCCAACAUGUCCACCUUCGUCAUGCCUACGGAGAUGUUCCCCACGCCCAUCCGUUCGACGUGCCACGGUUUGUCGGCUGCUGCCGGUAAGGCCGGUGCCGCCAUCGGCUCGUUCGGUUUCUCCAUCUGGGUCGAGAACGAGAGCUUCGGCUACGACGGCGCCUUCUACACGUUCGCUGCCAUCACGUUCGUGUCGAUCCCGCUCACCUGGUUCUGCAUGUUCGACAACGAGCAGGGCUUCGACGAGAUGGACGCCGAGUUCUACCAAAAGCUGCACGGCGCCGACGACUUCACCCGCGAGUCGUUCAACUCGGUCAUCAAGCAGAGCGACCUAGAGAAGGACGGUGUGUACAAGUCCACCACCACCCCUCAGUAG